UCGGUUAGAAGGGACGGUAAAAUAGAGAAAAAGGGGGAGAAAAAAUCAACCCCCGAAGGCGAUGAUGAUGAUGAAGAAGAAGAAAGGAGAAGAAACAAAAUGCACGAAGAUCGUAUUGUAAAACCCUAGAGAAAAAAUCAAUUAAAUUAUCUUCGAUCUUUGAGCUUUUGAUCUUCAUCAAUGGAAGCUUUAAUCGAGCUUUGCGACCUAAUUGUUCAAAACCCCUCUCAAUUUACAUCAAAACUUUCAUGGAUUUGUGGUCGUUGUCCUCAACCAGGAGGUUCUCAUUCUAAUGGAUCCAUGAAAGUUACAAGAUCUCAACUCAAUGCAGUACUUGCUAUAUCCAGAUUAAUCUCAAAAUGUCCAAACGAAGCAGAACUUCGACCUAAAUCACUUCUUCUUGAGUUUUUGCAAUCGAUUCCAUUAUCGUUUCGUUCAUCAUUUUGGCCACAAUCCUAUAAAAUUGAGUCAAUUAGGUCAUUUUAUUCUGAUUUAUUAAGUUAUGUUGUUAAAGCUUGUGAACUUUGUAAGGAUUUUGGAGAUGAGGUUGGGGAAUUUUUUGGAGGUAUUUUGAUUUCAGCUAUUAAUGCUUCUGGUGAUGAAACUUUGAUUUCUAGAGUUUUUUUGACUUGUGUUUCUCAAUAUUGUCCACCAAUUUUGCAAGAGGAUGCUGAAAAAUUGGUCGGUUAUUUAUUAGAACAGUUUGUUAUUGUUAAUCCUAAUUCUCCUAGGGAGAUGCAUUCGGGUUCAUCAUCAAUUAAUAGUUCACCUUAUAAUGGUAACCAUGGGGGAAGAUUUAACGAUAAUUCGAGUCCUGGGAAUGAAAUUAGUAAUGUUUCUGGGUCAUCUGGUAGUGUGAAUGCGAGAGGUGUAGUGGUUAAUGGAGGCAGCAUUGUGUCAAGAAGUAGUGUGGAUCAAUCUGGAUCAAAUUUCGUGUAUAAUGAUGCUGGACAAAUUACGUUGAAACAACAGGUUGCUUUGUUUGAGGAGGAGUCAAUUGAGAGUUUGGAGAAGAAUGUUAUUGCUCUGAGGUUGUUAGGGCAUAUAGCUGAGAAAAUUCCAAUGAAAACAGGAGAUUUGGAUCAAGUUAGGUUCGUUGCCAAGAAGCAGCUCCAAACUUCAGUCAUUUUCCUUAAGAUAAGGAAGCGUGACUGGACAGAACAAGGGGCAGCACUAAAAGCAAGAAUCAAUACUAAGUUAUCUGUUUACCGAGCUGCAGCAUGGGUCCAAGUUAAAUGUCUUGCGUCUCUUGACCCGGAUAUAAAAUCAUCCAAGAAAUUGUUGCUCGAGACACUAGCUUUAUUCAUAGAUGCUGCAGAGUCUUGUUUAUACUCAAUAUGGAGAAAGCUGAGAAUCUGUGAAGAUUUAUUUAGUUCGUUGCUUAGUGGUAUUUCACAAGUUGCUGUUAGUCGUGGGGGUCAGUUGUUAAGGGUUCUGCUUAUUCGCUUGAAACCUCUUGUUCUCACGACAUGUGCUCAGGCAGAUACCGGGAGCAACAGCCAAGGAGCCAUGUUUGAGAGUGUCACAAAGACCGGUUGUGAAAUUAUUGAAUUUGGCUGGAGUAAGGACCGGGCCCCAGUUGAAACCUUUAUUAUGGGAUUAGCUGCAUGCAUUCGGGAGCGAAAUGAUUAUGAGGAACAGGAAGGCAAAGAGAAACAAGAUGUCCCAGUCAAGCAGCUUAAUGUGAUACGCUUGCUUGCAAAUAUAAAUGUUACUGUUAAUAAGUCGGAAGUGGUAGAUAUGAUAUUGCCCCUGUUUAUUGAAAGCUUAGAAGAGGGUGAUGCAUCAGCUCCGAGUUUAUUGCGACUUCAAAUUCUCGAUGCGGUAUCACGUAUGGCCUGCUUGGGGUUUGAAAAGUCCUACCGUGAGACGGUUGUUCUGAUGACAAGAAGCUACUUAAAUAAGCUCUCGACUAUAGGAUCUGCUGAAAGCAAAACAUUAGCUCCAGAAGCAACUACAGAACGUGUAGAGACUCUUCCUGCAGGUUUUCUUCUGAUUGCUGGUGGCAUUAAGAGUCCUAAGUUGCGAUUGGACUAUCGUCACCGCUUGCUGUCAUUAUGCUCGGAUGUAGGGCUAGCUGCAGAGUCCAAAAGUGGAAGGAGUGGAGCAGAUUUUUUGGGACCUCUUCUUCCAGCUGUUGCUGAAAUAUGUUCUGAUUUUGAUCCGACAGCAGAUGUUGAGCCUUCACUUUUGAAGUUGUUCCGCAACUUGUGGUUUUAUACUGCUCUUUUUGGAUUGGCACCUCCCAUUCAGAAAAAUCAACUUCCUACGAAGUCAAUUUCUACCACACUUAAUAGUGUGGGAAGCAUGAGCGCAAUGGCUCUUCAAGCAGUCGCUGGACCUUAUAUGUUUAAUGCUCAAUGGUGUGUAGCUGUUCAGCUUAUUGCUCAAGGAACCCCACCUCUUGUUGUUAGCUCUGUUAAAUGGCUUGAGGAUGAGUUGGAACUUAAUGCUCUUCACAAUCCUGGUAGUCGUCGAGGUAGUGGCAAUGAGAAAGCUGCAGUAACCCAAAGAGCUGCUCUUUCUGCUGCUUUGGGAGGCCGAGUUGAGGUAGCAGCAAUGAGCUCGAUCACAGGAGUCAAGGCAACAUAUCUACUUGCGGUUGCUUUUUUGGAGAUUAUACGUUUCAGCAGCAACGGUGGCAUCCUUAAUGGGGGCAAUAGUGUCACUGCAGCUAGAAGUGCCUUUAGCUGUGUGUUUGAAUAUCUGAAGACUCCCAAUCUGAUGCCAGCUGUCUUCCAGUGUUUGUCUGCUAUUGUCCAUAGAGCUUUCGAAACAGCAGUUUCAUGGCUGGAGGAACGAGUGUCUGAAACUGGCAAUGAAGCUGAGAAAAGGGAGGCUACCCUCUCUGCUCAUACUUGUUUUCUCAUAAAAAGCAUGUCGCAGAGAGAGGAGCAUCUUCGUGAUAUCUCUGUUAGUUUGUUGAGUCAACUUAAAGAUAGGUUUCCGCAGGUUUUGUGGAAUUCUUCGUGUUUGGAUUCACUACUAUUUUCGGUUAACAAUAACUUGCCUUCUACACUAGUCAAUGAUCCUUCCUCUGUAGCUACAGUGCGUUCUUUAUAUCAGAAAGUUGUUCGGGAAUGGAUUACUAAUUCACUUUCAUAUGCUCCAUGUACUAGCCAAGGUCUUUUACAGGAAAAGAUUUGUAAAGCAAACACGCGAGAGAAUACUCAGCACAAUGCCGAUGUGGUUUCUCUUUUAUCCGAGAUCCGUAUUGGUACUGGAAAGAAUGAUGGAUGGAUGGGUAUACGAACUGCCAAUGUUCCUGCCGUUAUGGCGGCUGCUGCUGCAGCUUCAGGAGGAGCGAACUUAAGCUUGACCGGAGCUCUGAGCUUUGAGGUGCUCUCCACCGGGGUAAGUAGUGCAACUACUAAAUGCAACCAUGCUGGGGAAAUCGCUGGGAUGAGAAAGUUUUAUAACAGCAUUGGCGGGUUUCAAAAUGGUUCUUCACCAAUGGGUUUUGGGGGGUUGGGUGCCGGCCUUCAGAGGUUGAGAUCAGGUGUGUCUCCUCAACCGGAACCUCCAAGUGAGUCGUUUAAUGAAAUGCUCCUUAAAAAGUUUGUGGUGCAACUUCAACAAUUUGUUAACACUGCCGAGAGAGGUGAAGCGGUGGAUAAGUCAUUGUUUCGUGAAGCAUGUUCUAGAGCAACUGCAUUACUACUAUCAAAUCUUGGUUCUGAUUCAAGAUCAAACUUAGAGGGGUUUUCACAGCUCCUACGACUUCUUUGCUGGUGUCCAGCUUACAUAUCAACACCCGACGCGAUGGAGACCGGCAUAUUUAUUUGGACAUGGUUAGUCUCUGCUGCGCCUCAACUGGGGUCUCUUGUCCUUGCAGAGCUUGUUGAUGCUUGGUUGUGGACAAUAGAUACGAAAAGAGGGUUAUUUGCGUACGAGGUUUGGUACUCUGGACCUGCAGCAAAGUUGAGGCCUCAGCUUGCACCUGGGGAGCCGGAAAUGUUGCCUGCUAAAGAUCCUGUCGAAGGAAUAAUUGCUCAUAGAUUAUGGCUUGGGUUUUUUAUUGAUCGCUUUGAGGUGGUUCGUCACGAUAGCGUUGAGCAACUCCUGCUCCUUGGUCGGAUGUUACAAGGAACCAUCAAGUUCCCUUCACAAUUUUCACGGCAUCCUGUUGCUACUGGAACCUUUUUCACAGUGAUGCUUCUUGGUUUUAAAUUCUGCUCUUGCCAGUGGCAGGGCAAUCUGCAGAAUUUCAGAUCAGGGCUGCAAUUGUUAGAAGACCGUAUAUACCGAGCCGCCCUGGGUUGGUUUGCUAAUGAACCUGAAUGGUUUGACAUGUGCGACAAGAACUUUGCUCAGAGUGAGGCUCAAUCUGUUUCCUUAUUCGUGCAUCAUCUUUCAAAUGAGCGGGUGGAUGCUCUCCCAUCAGAUUCCUCUUCAAAAGGCUCGGUGCGUGAAAAUGGAAGUUCUCAUAGUGACAUGAAGGAUCAAUAUCAUCCUGUUUGGGGUAAAAUGGAUAACUACACAGCUGGAAGAGAAAAAAGGAAACAGCUACUGUUAAUGCUAUGCCAGCAUGAGGCCGAUAGACUUGAAGUUUGGGCAACUCCUGUAAAUACAAAGGAAAACACAUCUUUUCGACUGAAAGUUAGUUCUGAAAAAUGGAUUGAAUAUGCUAGGACUGCAUUUUCUGUGGAUCCUCGCAUUGCCUUUUCCUUAGUUACAAGGUUCCGAGCAGUUUCGCCUUUAAAGUCCGAAGUUUCUCAGUUAGUUCAGUUGCACAUAGUGGAGAUACGCAGCAUAGCUGAAGCACUACCAUUUUUUGUCACUCCGAAGGCAGUUGAUGAGAAUUCCGUACUUCUGCAACAACUGCCACACUGGGCAGCUUGUUCGAUUACGCAGGCUCUUGAAUUCCUGACACCUGCAUAUAAGGGUCAUCCACGUGUUAUGGCUUAUAUCCUUAGAGUUUUGGAGUCUUACCCUCCUGAACGAGUCACCUUUUUUAUGCCACAACUCGUGCAAGCUCUUCGCUAUGAUGAUGGGAGAUUAGUGGAAGGUUAUUUGCUCAGAGCAGCUCAAAGAAGUGAUAUAUUUGCCCAUAUUUUGAUAUGGCAUUUACAGGGAGAGACAUGCAGCCCCGAGGUAGUGGUGAAAGACCCAGCAGUCAUUGAGAAGAAUACUGCAUUUCUAGCACUACUGCCUGUUGUUAGGGAGCAUAUUGUAGAGGGAUUCAAUCCAAAGGCCCGUGACAUAUUUGAAAGAGAGUUUGAUUUUUUUGAUAAAGUCACUUCUAUUUCUGGUGCAUUGUAUCCACUUCCUAAGGAGGAGCGGCGAGCCGGUAUUAGGAGGGAACUAGAAAAGAUUCAAAUGAAUGGGGAUGAUCUUUACCUACCUACUGCUCCUAGUAAACUAGUGCGGGGUAUUCAGGUGGAUAGCGGGAUCCCACUACAGUCAGCAGCAAAAGUUCCUAUAAUGAUCACAUUUGACGUGAUAGAUAGGGAUGGGGAUCCGAGGGAUGUAAAACCACAAGCUUGUAUCUUCAAGGUUGGGGACGAUUGUCGGCAAGAUGUUCUCGCUCUUCAAGUGAUUUCUCUUCUUAGAGACAUUUUUGAAGCAGUUGGGCUAAAUUUAUAUGUAUUUCCUUAUGGUGUGCUCCCAACUGGUCCAGAGAGAGGCAUUAUUGAGGUGGUCCCCAACACACGGAGUAGAAGUCAAAUGGGUGAAACCACCGAUGGUGGUUUGUACGAGAUUUUCCAACAAGACUUUGGGACCGUUGGGUCUCCCAGUUUCGAAGCUGCUCGUGAUAACUUCAUUAUCAGCGCUGCAGGUUAUGCAGUUGCCAGUCUUUUACUUCAGCCAAAAGAUCGGCACAAUGGGAAUCUACUUUUCGAUAAUGUGGGGAGGCUCGUUCAUAUUGAUUUUGGUUUUAUCUUUGAGAUUUCACCUGGAGGCAAUAUGCGUUUCGAAAGUGCACACUUUAAGCUGAGCCACGAAAUGACUCAGUUGCUUGAUCCAUCUGGUGUAAUGAAAAGUGAAGCAUGGAACAGGUUUCUUAGCUUAUGCGUGAAAGGGUAUCUAGCAGCUCGACGUCACAUGGAUGGGAUUAUCAAUACUGUACUGAUGAUGUUAGAUAGUGGGUUGCCUUGCUUUAGUAGGGGUGACCCAAUAGGGAACCUACGGAAGAGAUUUCAUCCUGAGAUGACUGAACGUGAGGCUGCGAAUUUUAUGAUCCGUACAUGUGUAGAUGCCUAUAACAAGUGGACCACAGCAGGUUACGACUUGAUUCAGUAUUUGCAGCAAGGCAUUGAAAAGUAGCGAGAAUAAAAUGCUUGAUGCAAGUAGAUUACCCUCAUUGUACAUCAUGUUUUCCUCCACUUCGAAACUGUAAGUUUAAAUCCCUUGUAACUCUGAUAUAUAUAUAGUCACGGAUCCUUCUUUUUUUGUUGUUUGUUUUCUUUGAGGCGCCAUCA